AUGAUUGAAGAAAAAAUGGAAGAAUAAAAAGAAUUUGUUAAAUGUAUUGGGCAAUUGAAUGGUCAUACUGAUAAGAUAUGGUCAGUUUCAUGGCAUCCUACUUUAGAUAUAUUUGCAACUUGCAGUAGCGAUAAGACCAUUAAAAUAUGGGGAUUAAAAGAAAAUAGUGAAAAUUAGUAUGAACUGAAGUAAACUAUCUCUGAUACUCAUGAGAGAACAAUUAGAACAUUAGCUUUUUCUCCUGAUGGAAUGAUGCUUGCAUGUGGAAGCUUCGAUAGCACUAUAUCUAUUUAUGCUCUCAAUAAUGGUUCAUUCGAAUUUGUGUCAAAAUUAGAAGGACACGAACACGAAGUUAAAUGUGUAGCUUGGGAUUCUGAAGGUAAGUUUUUAGCAUCUUGUUCGAGAGAUAAGACCGUUUGGGUUUGGGAUUACGAAAAUGGCUUUGAUUUUUCAUGUUACUCUGUUAUAGAUGCACAUACUUAAGAUGUUAAGCACGUGAAAUGGAUUCCAGGUACUAAUAAUUUAGCAAGUACUUCGUUUGAUGAUAAGUUAAAAUUAUGGGAGUAGGAAGAUGAUGAUUGGAAGUGCUCUGCAACCUAUUCAAAUCAUUCUGCUACUGUAUGGUGUGUAGAAUUUUCCAAAACCGGAUAAUAUAUGGCCUCCUGUGGUGACGAUAAAUAAAUUAAAGUUUACAAAAAAAAUGAAAAUGGAGCUUUUUCCUCCCCUUAUAUUGUUGAAACUACUAUUAAAAAUGCCCAUGCAAGAACUAUUUAUAGUUUAUCUUUUAGCGAAGAUGCAACUUUCCUUGCUUCUGUAGGUGCUGAUAAUACAUUAAAUGUUUAUUAAAAAAAUAUGUAUGUAACAACAUUUGAAGGUUAAGACAACAAUUUAUACGAAUUACUAGAAAAGAAAGUAAAUUGCCAUUUUGCAGAUAUAAAUUGUGUUGCUUUCCAUCCAAGUAAGGAUAUAUUGGUUACUGUAAGUGAUGAUAGACAAAUUAAGCUUUGGUCUGUAGAAAUAAACUUAUGA